CUCCUCCCGGCCCACAGGGGGCGCUCCUCCGACUCACGGACAGUGUGACUAACAGGGAAGGGUGGCUGGUGGUUUGGCUCUUUUCAGUAUUAUGAAUGAAAGUCUGUUCUUUUGGUUUUAUCCUUGAAGUAGUUAUUAUCAAACAUCACCAAUAAGCUGCUGAAGAGGAGCUGAACUAUAGAGUAGUUCAAGAUGUCUGCUAGUGCGGUGUAUGUGUUGGAUUUAAAAGGAAAGGUCCUGGUGUGCCGAAAUUACCGGGGAGAUGUGGACAUGUCAGAGAUUGAGCACUUCAUGACCCUUCUGAUGGACAAAGAGGAGGAGGGGACCCUCUCUCCGAUCCUGGCCCACGGAGGAGUCCGUUUCAUGUGGAUCAAACACAAUAACCUCUACUUGGUUGCAACAUCCAAGAAAAACGCUAGCGUCUCGCUGGUCUUCUCCUUCUUGUACAAAAUUGUCCAGGUGUUUUCAGAGUAUUUCAAAGAAUUGGAGGAGGAGAGCAUCAGAGAUAACUUUGUCAUCAUAUACGAGCUGAUGGAUGAGCUGAUGGACUUUGGCUAUCCUCAGACCACCGACAGCAAAAUUCUGCAGGAAUACAUAACCCAGGAGGGGCACAAGCUCGACACCGGCGCCCCGCGACCCCCCGCCACAGUCACCAACGCUGUCUCCUGGAGGUCAGAGGGCAUCAAGUACAGGAAGAAUGAGGUCUUCCUGGACGUCAUUGAGUCAGUCAACCUCCUGGUUAGUGCCAAUGGUAAUGUUCUACGUAGUGAGAUCGUUGGCUCCAUUAAGAUGCGUGUCUUCCUGUCCGGGAUGCCUGAGUUGCGGCUGGGCCUUAACGACAAGGUUCUGUUUGAAAACACUGGAAGAGGAGGAAAGAGUAAAUCAGUAGAGCUGGAAGAUGUGAAGUUCCACCAGUGUGUCCGUCUGUCUCGCUUUGAGAACGACCGCACCAUCUCCUUCAUUCCUCCCGAUGGAGAGUUUGAGCUCAUGUCCUACCGCCUCAACACUCACGUGAAGCCCUUAAUCUGGAUUGAGUCUGUCAUCGAGAAGCACUCCCACAGUCGCAUCGAGUACAUGAUCAAGGCGAAGAGUCAGUUCAAGAGGCGUUCCACAGCCAACAACGUGGAGAUCCACAUUCCUGUGCCAACAGACGCUGACUCACCCAAAUUCAAGACCACAGUGGGCAGCGUGAAGUGGGUGCCCGAGAACAGCGAGAUCGUCUGGUCAAUCAAGUCGUUCCCUGGUGGAAAGGAGUAUUUGAUGCGCGCCCACUUCGGCCUGCCGAGUGUAGAGGCUGAAGACAAGGAGGGAAAGCCACCAAUUAGUGUCAAGUUUGAGAUCCCGUACUUCACCACCUCAGGCAUCCAGGUGCGUUACCUGAAGAUUAUUGAGAAGAGUGGAUAUCAGGCCCUGCCGUGGGUGCGCUACAUCACCCAAAAUGGAGAUUACCAGCUCCGGACCCAGUAGGCAGCGCCUCAGCCGGCAGUAGGCAGGUGGAAAUCAGAGGGGGCGGAGUGGAGCCGCUAAUGCGCUAUCAAUGGCAGGUGUCAUGAGACCAGAGGACUGUUUUUUUGUUUAGUUUUUUUCUAUUUUGUUGACGUUAUAUUGAUUUCUGAUCAAUGCAAAUAUUAGAUGGAGACUUCAGUUAGGUAAAAACUACUACUGUUAGGCUCUUAAUGUGAGCAAGGCCAAGGAAAGCAGGAGUAAUGUUUACACGCAACACAUGUAGUGCAGAGAUGAAUACAAUCUAUCACAAUGGGUCAAAAAGAGUAUGUUACAGUUCUCAUUUGAAGUUACUGUGAUCAGCUCCACGCAGGUUAAUUAACACUCUCUGGUAAGUCUGAGUAGGAUAUUUUUUUUUAUAUAUAUAAAGCUGCUUUGUUCUGCCACAAUUCCUAUUUGUUGAUUAUCUGUAUAUAUUUGUUACAUGUUAAUGAACUUCAGUGUUAUGUGUUCGAUAAUUGUAAAUUGAAGAGCUCUUACUUUUUUCUUUAGUAUUAUCCCCUCCGUGUGAUGCCAUUGAUACGUGCCAGAGCAAUACCCUCCUGCAUGGCUGUUGAGCUAUUCAUCAGUUUGACUCCUCUGACAUUCAGCUUUGCAGAACACAUGAAGUUUAAAGUCGCACGGUGAACUGAAUACCAGUUGAAAAUCCCCCUUUUUCCCUGUCUGUAACCACACACACAUUUUAAAUCAUUAAAUGUCUAUUUAGAGAAAACUG